UGUAAAUUUUGCAUAUGAUUAAAUCGAUGGAGUUUGUUAGCGUUUCUGUUCUCUUUUGGAAGAAAAGUUUGUGAUUAAUCGCAGGUUUAUAAAGCAGAGUGAAAUUCAUUAAGCAAGGAUUGGAAUUGGCUCAAAUAAAUAAUGUCUGUCUUUUACAAUCGUUUGUGAAGCAGUUCAACUUUACCUAAUUUUGUUGUGCACGACCGAUAAAUCCGUCGCCAUUUGUGAAUCAGCGGCAUGUUUCGUGUAGGAGAAUCCUGCAUGUGGCCAUUUAGAUAAACGUGUUACGGUCAAUACUGCGCGUCUACAGCGUGAAGAAAUGUUAUGUCUGAAGGGAAGGGGGUCAACCCAGAGCACCAGGCCGGGAAUAUGUCUGGUGUAGCCCCGUCAGCGCUUGCGUCUGCUGUGUUCGAGAGUGCUGUGAAUAAAAACUGUCGUAUUGAAACAAUAGCCAAUAGCACGGUAGUUCCAAGUAUUGUGCCAUCUGCAGGAUUCCAACUCGUAAUGCAAAGUGCCCCUUCUCAGAGUUCACUCGGAGCUACUACACCGGGCUCAAGUCAGAAUUUACCGUUAACCGUAACGGGCAGUGAUAACAAUAAAAUCUCUGUACCGAGUGCACAAUCGAACCCCAUGGUAGAUUCUGGGCCUCCACCAUUAGUUGUAUCCAAGCCUUCAGUAACGGUCUUUAUCAAUCCGGGUACCGUGGUAGCCUCAACGAGUAAAAAUGUACCGCCAAUCAGAAGAACUACGUCUACAAAUGCUGUUACUACGCAAGCUAAUGGAACUCCACGAACCACACGAAGCCGCCCACCAUUACGGUCAGCCAGUGGCGGUUCUAGCCGAGUGCCAGCUGCGAUUCGAACAGUUACUGCAGGAAGACGAGUAGAACAGGCAAAAACAUCAACUCGAACAAAAAAAGACCGUUCUACAAAUUCGAAGAGUUCACAGGCAAAUCAGGUGACAGUCUCAUCUACGCCCACAGCGCCUACACCGAAGAGAAGGCGCAUGACUUCAUUUCAACAUGCAUUUCUUAUGUGUGGAGCAAAGGCGGAACCGGUCACUCCGCAACAGAGCAAAGUUACGUUACUGCAAUCCUCGUAUCCAGCUUCUAAUAGGUUCCGGCCUUUUUCCAAUACAUCUGGUGGGGCAUCGGCCAUUCUUGGUCGGCCUGGCGGUCCUUCUAUAGUACGCGUGAGUUCCAUAGGUGCCAAAAAGAUCGUUCCGCCUGCAGUCCGAGAUUAUUUACCUGCCCGAAGACCGCCGUAUAAACAAACUGCUUCCCGAAUGACACCGGCUGAGCGUGAUAGAUUGCUUACCUCACAGCCCGUAGCAACGCCUCCUAAAAGAUGUUCAAAUAUUGGAACAGGCUUGAGAGGAAGUCUAAGGCCAGGUCUACCGGGUUCCCGUUUGGGUCUUUCCAGUAGGGUCAAACAAGAGUCCCCGUCCACAUCCGCCGAAUCUAGUGAUCAGCCGACAGAAAUGCCUGAUGUGAUCGCACGGAUGAUGCAGAUUCACGCUCCUGUCUCAAACGACGGAAAAUUACCAGUUAGUCGUCCCUCGUUCCUCAACCUUCAAAUGCGUCGAGACUUCGCAACGAUCUCGUCAAACGGUGACGUCGAAGCGCAGGAGGGCUCAGCAGGUCAAAGUACACCGACACUGCUUCCAACUAGCUACACUGUUAGCGUCGAGAAGACCAUAGAAGGCGAAGAAGGAUCGGACCAGAAACGCGGGCAGGUUAAGAUUCGAGUGCCACCUUUACCUCCCGUGCUAAAAUGUGGGGUAUUUGUUGUGAAGCAUCAGGAAAAAACAGGCGUCAAGCUGCAACCGGUUCCAAGUCUUAGAGGCGACGCAGUAGCAUGGCUCGAUCCUCGAGGUCCCUUUCAGAAACAGGAUGGAUCUCGGGGUACUGGACCCUAUCUGAUGUACGCUCGUUCCGAGGAUAAAGAUACAAAUCGAAGGCGUUUUGCCUGCGCCCAUCACGGCUGUAGAGUUACUUUAACAGCUGAUAUGGGCACAAUGCUCGUGUUGCGACGCUGUGGCACCUUUCAUCGGCACGACAAUUCUGAAGCGGAUCUAAAUAAACGAAGAAUACGUGAAAAACUUCGCAAACGCUUGAGACUCUAUGAUGGUACCCGCACAGCGGCUGAAGUUCUUCGAGAGUUUCCUGAACUAUGCGGUCAGGAUAGUGAGGAGCGCCAAAAAGAAAUAAAGAAAGCAGCCAUCAAUAUUCGUAGAUCUCCGGUGGACGGUGAAAAGAUCUCUCGAUGGGGAAAACAACUUUCAGAGGUGCUGAGUACUAUCCGGACGCUUGAGAAUUUGUGUAAUAGUUUAACAACGGGCACCAGCGUGGAAGAGAGCUUCCUGAAAUCGUUGGAGUCUGCUAUUGGCCUCAUUCCAGAGGUGCAGAGAACUUUGCCGCUGGACACUGUCAAACCUCGUAAACCGCGUAAGAAGCGAAAACGAGCAGGUAAGGCAUUCGCUAGAGGCCGUGGCCGUGGGCCAUUAGCGGAAGGUGACAUCGUUCAUGAUGAAGCUGGGGACGAGGAUGUUAAAGAUGAUUUUGCGUCAGAAAGUCCAGAGCCGCUUCAGCGGAGUGAGGAACAGGAUGAAACGAGACCAAUUAUCGACACGGGCAACUCCGUGGCAGCUGUUCGUGAAGAAUCUCAUCGGUGCGGAGAAUGCUCACAGACAUUCUGGGCAUGGGCUAACCUUGUUAGGCAUCUUCGGGUGGCACAUAAACAGCCUCUUGUCGAUUGCAAUUCAGCGAGGUGCGGGGAAUGCGGUGUGGUCAUGCGCGCUCUAGAUUCAGAGGUUGAAAACCAUCUCGACUUUCACGGUUUUCUUGGAAGACUCCGAUUUAAUAGCAUGAAAGAUGUUCAUAUAUGGCGCACACAACAGGAGUGCGAAGGAGGGCGAGUCCUUGUAAAGAUACGCGAAGAGACAAAGGGCCGGAAUCGAACCACGAUGUGGGUUUGCCCUAGACGGCCCGAUGUCGAGUGUCGACUUCUCGAAUGCGAAUUUUGCCCGUUGGCUACAACAGCGGAUCCGUUAGCCUGUUCAGUGUUUAUCAAAGCGAUCGAAGACUUCAACGAUGGUAGCGUUGAUGUUCGCUAUACGUUAAAACACUCAAGUGCCUGUCUUCAAUGGAAUUUGACUGCCACCUGCUUUCUGCAUAGUGUUCGUCGUCACGUGGCCUCGGUUGCCGAAUCAGAAUCCCGUCCAGUUAUCCUUUGCAAAGAUAUCCAUCAAACUAAUGAAGUCCAUCCAUCGUUAUUGCGCGACGACUUCCUGGUUGUCUUUUGUGAUUUACACCAGGUUCGGCUGUUGAGCCGUUUGACGGAGCAGCAUUCAUUGUCCAUCGAGUCACUUUUGGAGGGCAUCAAAUUGACUACGGUAGCGCUGCUUUUAAACCCACAACCCAAGGACUUGAGUGGUGUUUUACAAGGUCACUCAAACAGCGGCACUAACAAUAGCACUCACAUUAGCAGCCAACGGGGCUCUAGCAGUCCGAGUAAACUUACUCUUGUCCACAUCAUCUCGACAGCUGCAGAUGAAUCCAGCCUUCUGGCUGCAUUUUCGGAAUUGCGUCGUUACACCGGCCGAGUUCGUGCUAGAGUUCUGGUGGAUGCAUCUAAAUCUGCCCACUCAAAGUGCUGCUAUUCGUUUGCACGCGAGGCGUGGCGUCGUGCUAUGGGAUUAGGUCAAACCCAGCUGUUAGACCCAGUCUCGCUAGCACUCGUCACAGCCGAGGAUUCUGCCUCGACGUUGACUAUCCACGAUCCCACUACAGCACUAAUUAAUACUCAGACAUCUCUGAAAAGUCACGCAACGUCAACGGAAACCGCACUGACAGUUGCUGACGGUGAUCCUGGUCGACCCGCUCCGACAGAGUCUGAUGGCGACGGAGCGGUGUCGAAGAACAUCGAUCUUUCCGAAGAAGUCGACGCAUGCGCUGCUGCCCUACAACUGGAUCCGCUGCGGAAAGACCUUGACCGAUUACGAGAUGCCGAACUACCGGCUAGUAGUCUUCUUGGGAAGGAAUUGAGGGGACCGGCAUCUGCCGAUGAUAUGCAACGAACAAUGACGGAAGCUUGUGCGCUUUUGGCGGACGUCAGGGCAUCGCAAGCUGUCCACGCACAUACUGGUUCUAAACACCUAGUUGCAAAUGGGAGAUUGGCUUUGGGGAAAAUAAAAGAAGCGAUUCGAUUGCUUGUCGAGCCACCCGUGAGGGAACACGAUAUAUCCGACGGGCAAACGCUAACAGUGCUGAACACAUCUCGAGUCGAAGAACCUCGAAUGACCCCUGCACAGGUUGCGGUGGGGCUUGCCGUCAAUCAAGCAGUGGGUCAAGCUGUCGGACACACGAUGCUAGCGACUACAACGCCCGUGGCUGUAACAGACAAUCCUGUUGCCGUACCAAUUGCCAAUACGAUCGCUCUGACCAAUCCGAUCGGUGUCGCGGGGUCAGCCAACCCGGUUACCAUUGCGAGCCAGGUUGCUGCUGUUGCCAGUCAAGGUACUGUUGAUAAUCAAAUUGCAGUCGCAGGCCAGGUAACUGUAACAGGUCAGACGACCUUGGCUAACUGCCAAGCUUCGAUGUCUGGAGGGGCUGUUACCGUGGCUGCUCAAGGAGUUGUGGCCCCGCAUCCAACGGGAGGCGUUCUAGCGCACUCGACAUUGGUAAGUGGCUAUCCGACCACAUCCGGAACUACUGGCGUUCAGAUGCAGGUUUCUGGAGGGCAAGCGUGGACUACGAACCACCUGGUUCCUAUACACUAUAGUAGUUCUUACGCCCAUGUUACGCACCAGCCUGUGCAGACGCAACAAUCUAGACAAACAUAUCUGCAUCAUUAACUAACCAUCAUUACGCAGAAUCGUCAACAUCAACGCAUGCGUUAUACUUAACGCAGUACAUUGAUAAAUAAUCGAUAAAGGAGAAAAGUAAUGCUUGCAGUGAUACAAUUGUCGUAAAAAUGUCGUUGCACGACGAUUUGGGGCUGCGUAAUGGUGAUAUGAAAAGGAAAUAAUGCUGAUGUCCUUGCGGGAACCAUCAGUCAGGUAUGCCGUUGCAUCAGCAAAACUGCAACCAUAUUAAGAAGAAAAGCCACGCAGUUAUGAUGAAGGCAAUGGAUUACAUAAGUGUGAUUGAUGUUACGUUUAACAACUUAAAUUUAAUUUCUAGUCAUCAAAGUAAUAUGUUGUAAUUUUGCAAUGUAUUUGGCAUAGCCAAAUAAUGUGCAUGAAUCGUGUAUGAGAUUAGUAUUUGUAGGUAGCGUAUAUUUAACCAUUUAUUAGGUUUUAUAUGGAUCAACUAAAGCAGUCACUGUAUAGACAGAAGCUACCUUUCCGAAGCCUCAAGUAGGG